UCCACGUCAGCGUCGGUAGUCACGUCUAAAAAGCCGCCACAGUCGGUAGUGGCCGUGCCCAGCGAUCUCGAGAUCGGGUCGAGAUCCUGACGCGCCAGGAGGAGCCUCGGCGAUACGAGAGUGGAAUGCAAUAGUACGCGACUGGUGCAAUAGUCAGUUGGUCAGUAGGUCCGGAAAAUCAUCAGAUUCCGCAAAACGAGCGGGAGAGCUCCUUUGCUCGCUGUAUCGCUAGCGGCGUAGUGCACGGCCUCUCCGCAUUCAUCGCGUCGCGCCUAUCGGUCGAUGCGCGCCUCGUUGCCGCUUCUCAGGGCUCUUGCUUCGCCACAUAGCCCCCUCGCGAAUAACGCUUUCGCGAUCAACGCGUUCGUCGAGCCCAGUUUCCGAACGUCGAAGCGCCUUUCCGCGCGCUGCCUCCUCACCUCUCCCUCGCCGGACCUCGUCAGCCGAAGCUACAUUGCGCCGGCUCUAGCAGCAGCAAUCCCCGCAAUCACCGCCGCACCAGCCGCCACGGCUCCCGCUACAAUGAUUAGUUCGCUUUCACGCGCCGCUCUUUCUCCCUCUCUUGAUCGCUCCUUAGUCCCUUCCACCCAUCCGCACGAAGCAUCCUCGAAGCCACGUGUAGCAACCUCGUGUUUGAGCUCGCCCUUCACCCCACCGCACAACACUCCUCAUUACCUCACUCUCCCUGCCCACUAUCGUCCUAUCGCGCUCUCCUCGCGACUCGGAGGAACCCGAUCCGCGUCGCGCGUCGCGAGGCGCGCGGUAGCCGCGCGAUGCGGCGCGACCGGCGGCGGCGGCGGGGGGGAGGAGCAGGGCGGCGCGGGCGAGCGGUUCGUGGUGACGACGCCGCUGUACUAUGUGAACGCGGCGCCGCACAUGGGGUCCGCUUACCCCACCAUAGCCGCUGAUGCACUAGCGCGGUUCCAGCGGCUGCAAGGCAGGAGGGUGACGUUCGUGACGGGCACGGACGAGCACGGCGAGAAGAUCGCUCUGGCAGCAGCUAAAGGCGGCAGGACGCCGCAGGAGCACUGCGACGCCGUGGCUGAGGAGUACAAGCAACUGUGGAGCAAGCUGGACAUCGCCUACGAUCGCUUCAUUCGCACCACGUCGCCCCGCCAUGAGGCCGUCGUGCGGCAGUUCUACGAGAGGGUGAAGGCGCGGGGCGAUGUGUACCGGGCGCAGUACGAGGGAAGAUACUGCGUUGCGUGCGAGGAGUAUAAGGACGAGAAGGAGCUGGUGGACGGCACCACAUGCCCCACCCAUCUCACGCCCUGCGACCACCGCAGUGAGGACAACCUUUUCUUCGCCCUCUCCUCGCAUCAAGAGGACCUGGAGCGGCUUUUCCAGGACAGGCCGGGCUUCGUGCAGCCGAGCUUCAGGAAGAACGAGGUGCUGGCAUGGGUGGCGGAUGGUGCGAGGGACUUCAGCAUAAGCCGGGCCGCAGUGGCAUGGGGCAUUCCCGUGCCUGAUGCCCCGGAGCAGACCAUUUACGUGUGGUUCGACGCACUUCUGGGCUACGUCUCAGCGCUGCUAGAGGAGGACGAUGAGCCAAGCCUGGACAUGGCAAUUUCUAGGGGAUGGCCCGCAUCGGUUCAUAUCAUUGGCAAGUGAGUGUAAGUGUUGUUGCCUAUA